GUGACGUCAUAAAUCUGCGCGCGCUACCGCGUCUGUGAGUUGGCUGAAGAAAGGACAGUAUUCAAAGACACAGAAAAACUCCAGCUGAAGAGACUGAGACACACACUGUUAUAAAAAUGGAGUUUAUUAAAGAGGAGAGAGAAGACAUGAAGAUUGAAGAAAGAUUCAGAGUCAAACAUGAAGACACAGAGACACACACUGUUAUAAAGAUGGAGUUUAUUAAAGAAGACGUGAAGAUUGAAGACACAUUCAGAGUCAAACAUGAAGACACAGAGACACACACUUUUAUAAAGAUGGAGUUUAUUAAAGAGGAGAGUGAAGACGUGAAGAUUGAAGACACAUUCAGAUUCAAACAUGAAGAUACUGAGGAACAAACAGAUCUGAAAGAAGAGAGUGAAGAACUGAAUGAAAUACACAGUAAAAAUCAGUGUAAGAAACAUGAUUUCAUAAAUGGACAAAACUCAUUUAAUUGCUCACAGAUUGCAAAGACUUUGUCACGAGAAGGAGAUAAAAAUACUGGAACUAGAUGUAAUUACACCUGCCAUCAAUGUGGAAAGAGUUUCGAUCAACAAGGAAAACUUCAAGUUCAUAUGAGAAUUCACAUCGGAGAAAAGCCUUUCACCUGCCAACAGUGUGGAAAGAGUUUCAAUCAAAAAAGAUACCUUAAAAACCACAUGACAAUACACACAGGAGAAAAGUCUUUCAUCUGCCAUCAGUGUGGACUUAGUUACUCUAAAAAGGGAAACUUUAAAAGGCACAUGAUAGUUCACACUGGAAAGAAGCCUUACACUUGCUCUCAAUGUGGAAAUAGUUUUACUCAUAAAAGCACUUUGAAGGUUCACAUGGCAAUUCACACAGGAAAGAAGCCUUACACCUGCAAACUGUGUGGGAAUAGUUUCAUUGAAAAAGGAAGCCUCGGAAGGCACAUGAGGAUCCACACCGGAGAGAAGCCUUACACUUGCUCUCAGUGUGGAAAGAGUUUCAAUCGAAGUGGAAACUUUAACAGGCACAAGAGAGUUCACACUGGAGAGAAGCAGGGGCGGAGCCAGGGGGUGGCCAAGGGUAUUCAUUGCCACCACUGAUGAAAGCAUGGCCAACACACUCAGAACUGCCGUUUUUGUCCCCUUUUUUUUUUUUUUUUUUUACCAAGAAAUGCAUUUAUUAAGAUGUGGAGGACCGUAUCUCUAUGACCACAUCAAACGGGAGAAUUUUCAGAAGCACACUUCUUCACCUCAGCGUCAGACGCGAGUCAAACGAGCUACAACAGUCAAAUCAGCUUAAGUUGAACAACUGUGAACUUUGGUCUGAUGAAAUGUUGUAAGACAAGCCUAUAUGUCAGUAAAACACACUUUCCUGUCCCAUAA